UACUACGAUAAUUGGCUUGGAAUUCAAAGUGGUACUGCUAAAGUGUGUUUGUCAAUCAAGUCAGGUUACGAGUUGAAGCAACAAUUUUUCCUUAGAACAAGUCAGGAUUUACGUAGAGGGCAUUUGUGGAUCAGUAUAAUCUCUAAACCACCAUGUAGUAAUUUUACGAGGGCUCAAAGAUUAUCAUGCGCAUUAUCUUUAUUGUUUUGUACAAUGUUGUCCUGUCUAAUGUUUCAUGGAAUUCCGACUGACGAAACGAUAAGUUCGGAUGUAGCAAGUAUUCAAUUUGAAUUCUCUCUGAAAGACUUUAUCAUUGGUUUGGAAAGUAGUAUAAUAAUGUUUCCUAUAAACUUUGCCAUCAUUGAACUUUUUGUGCGAUCAAAAACAAAACAGCUACAUAAAGAACGAUAUCUGGAAAUUGAUGUUAACCGUCCAACGACAAGUGAUGAAAAAGGAUCAGAUAAAACGGAUAAUGAAAUUGUUGCAGUAAAAAGAUGGAUGUUUCCAUGGUGGGUUAUAUACAUUGCAUGGACCACAACUAUUUUGACAUCGUUGAUUUCGUCAUAUUUUGUUAUGCUGUACGGAUUAAAAUAUGGCUACUAUGAAAGUUUGAAUUGGCUAGUUUCCUUUCUUACAGCAUUUGUUAAUGAUGUCUUUUUAAUGGAGCCUAUCAGUGUCGUGUUUUUUGCUAUGUUGUUCACCUUUAUAUUGAAACGGGAAAUCAAAAUUGAUUCUGCUCCGGCCUUGAUUGUUCACAAACCAGAAAGAAACAAUGCAUUAAUGCAGAAAAGAAGUAAUACGAAAUCAAUUAUCCCAGGACAUGCUUCAAAAAAAGAUUUGAGGAAAGCUAAACAAGAACUUGAUUUAAAAGAAAAGAUCCAGACCAAUCUCCAAGAUAUAAUUCUGUAUGUGUUUUUCACAUUUAUGUUGUUAUUUGUUGUUCACAGCCAUCGACCAGUGGAGAAAUGUUUCAUGCAAUCACAAGAUAUCAACAAUAUUUUUAUCCAAAAUACAUUAGAACAUGUUAAGACACGUGGUGAUAUUUGGACUUAUAUCAACGAAAGUGUUAUUCCUCCAUUGAGUAGAACAUUACCUUAUGACAUGUCAAAGAAGAUUCCAGAAAAUGAUUUUCUACUGAUAGGAAAAUUUCGUCUGCGACAGAUAAGGGUUAAAAGAGACAGCUGUAAAUUCCCAGAUAAGUUGAGGAAACUGUUUGGCUUGGACCAUCUUGACAUGAAAUGUACAUCUACAUUGAACACGGUAAAUGAUGACAAUGACAAUUACAACAAAUCAUGGCAGAUUCAGUCACAACUAGUAACACCCACUGAUGAAUGGUCCUUCCAAAAUGCUUGGGACUUAGAGUCUGUGCCAUAUCUAGGCGAGCGGGCAAUAUAUGGUGGAGGUGGCUACUUGGUUGACAUGAACACAAGUCCUUCAUCUAUUUUAAAGCUUUCAGAGUUAAUGCUUAAGUCAUGGAUUGACACAAGAACAAGAGCUUUUUUCAUAGAAUUCGUCUUGUAUAAUCCCAAUGUUAACAUGUAUAGUUCAGUUAUGAUCGUUUUUGAGUAUAGCAGUCCUGGUACACUAACAACAUCAUUUCAGAUAUAUACAACACCUUUAUCCCACUACUCCACUAGUAAAGAAAUUACCAGUUUGGUGUUGGAGAUAGUAUUUUUUCUUUUGACGAUUGUCGUGUCUUAUAUUGAGAUCAAAAAGAUAAGACUGGUCGGUUUGAAAAUUUACUUUAAAAGGUUUUGGAACAAACUUUCCUUGUUGAUGUUAAUAUUGUGCUAUACUUCAAUGGCGAUUUUUAUAGAGAGAUUUAGAAUGAUAACACACAUAAUUCGCCAGUAUAGAAGUGAUGGUAAAGACAGUUACAUUAAUUUUAGUCUUGCGAUCCUUUGGGAUUGCAUAUUAUUUUACAUCUUGGCUUUAAUAACCGUUAUCACAAUGAUAAAACUACUGAAACUUUUAAUGCUGAAUCAGAAAUUGAAAUACCUAUUUUCAUUGAUGGAACAUGUAAAAAAACCUUUGAAAUAUUUCUUUUUUAUCUAUGUUAUUUCAUUGUUAGCGUUUGCAUGUUGUGGACAUUUGUUGUUUGGGGCAUCAUUGGCUGGUUACAGAUCAUUCGCUGACAGUUUGAUGGUCCUUAUAGAAUGUACUUUCAGGAUUGUCAAUUAUAAUCAAUAUCUUGAAUUUCAUCCACAAUUAGGUCCUCUUUUUAUACUUUUGUUCAUAUUUAUAUUUGUGUUUGGUUUAAUGAAUAUGUUUACUGUCAUUGUAAUGAAUGCGCAGAAAUCCUUAAGACAAAAAGGAGUAAAACAUGAUGACCAGCUAACAUUACUGAUUAAGUACGCUGUGCAGAGCAUCAGAAGAAUGUUCCGAUAAUAUUAUAAAUCAGUAUUCAGUGCAACAUUCGAAGAAUGUUCCGAUGAUAAAAUAAAUCAGUACUCAGUGCAGCAUUAAACGAGUGUUCCGAUAAUAUUAUAAAUCAGUACUCGGUGCAGCAUCAGAAGAAUGUUCCGAUAAUAUAAUAAAUCAGUACUCAGUGCAGCAUUAGAAGAAUGUUCCGAUAAUAUAAUAAAUCAGUACUCAGUGCAGCAUCAGAAGAAUGUUCCGAUUAUAUAAUAAAUCAGUACUCAGUGAACCAUUCGAAGAAUGUUCCGAUAAUAUAAUAAAUCAGUACUCAGUGCAGCAUCUAAAGAAUGUUCCGAUAAUAUAAUAAAUCAGUACUCAGUGCAGCAUCAGAAGAAUGUUCCGAUAAUAUAAUAAAUCAGUACUCAGUGAACCAUUCGAAGAAUGUUCCGAUAAUAUAAUAAAUCAGUACUCAGUGCAGCAUCAGAAGAAUGUUCCGAUAAUAUAAUAAAUCAGUACUCAGUGCAGCAUUAGAAGAAUGAUCCGAUUAUAAAAUAAAUCAGUACUCAGUGCAGCAUUAGAAGAAUGUUCCGAUAAUAAAAUAAAUCAGUACUCAGUGCAGCAUCAGAAGAAUGUUCCGAUAAUAUAAUAAAUCAGUACUCAGUACAGCAUUAGAAGAAUGUUCCGAUAUAAUAAUAAAUCAGUACUCAGUGCAGCAUUAGAAGAAUGAUCCGAUUAUAAAAUAAAUCAGUACUCAGUGCACCAUCUGAAGAAUGUUCCGAUAAUAUAAUAAAUCAGUACUCAGUGCAGCAUCAGAAGAAUGUUCCGAUUAUAUAAUAAAUCAGUACUCAGUGAACCAUUCGAAGAAUGUUCCGAUAAUAUAAUAAAUCAGUACUCAGUGCAGCAUCAGAAGAAUGUUCCGAUAAUAUAAUAAAUCAGUACUCAGUGAACCAUUCGAAGAAUGUUCCGAUAAUAUAAUAAAUCAGUACUCAGUGCAGCAUCUAAAGAAUGUUCCGAUAAUAAAAUAAAUCAGUACUCAGUGCAGCAUCAGAAGAAUGUUCCGAUUAUAUAAUAAAUCAGUACUCAGUGAACCAUUCGAAGAAUGUUCCGAUAAUAUAAUAAAUCAGUACUCAGUGCAGCAUCUAAAGAAUGUUCCGAUAAUAAAAUAAAUCAGUACUCAGUACAGCAUUAGAAGAAUGUUCCGAUUAUAUAAUAAAUCAGUACUCAGUGAACCAUUCGAAGAAUGUUCCGAUAAUAUAAUAAAUCAGUACUCAGUGCAGCAUCUAAAGAAUGUUCCGAUAAUAUAAUAAAUCAGUACUCAGUACAGCAUUAGAAGAAUGUUCCGAUUAUAAAUUGAAUCAGUUUUUAGUGAGCAACAACAGAGUAAUGUUUCAAUAACAUUGUUUAGCAGUUCUUAGUAUACAAAACCAGAAGAAUGUUUCGAUAAUAUGACAAAUCAGAGCAGCUUCAGAUGAUUUUAAGAUAAUACAAUAAAUCAGAACUAAGUGAGCAGCUUCAGAUGAUAUUUUGAUAAUAUAAUAAAUCA